AUGAAUCAAUUCCGCUUGGGCCAGUCUCUCGGCACGUUCUCAUCAGCGUCAUUCCGAAGAAGUCAUAAUGAGACACUGAUUGACAGCCUUGCGCAUCAGAAGAAUACCACCUUCGCAUGGGCCAGGACCCAGGCCGGCGAAGAUGAACAGGAUGCCGCCUCCGGAAGCAAGAGGCCACCUCCGUACAUUGCCCAUCAAGCAGGUGUAAAUUGCGUUGCCAUCGAUCACAUCGAGGGUCGUUAUUUGUUUUCGGGAGGAGCGGAUUCCGCCAUUCGGCUCUGGGACCUUGAGGAACACGUUCAGGAACAGUCAUCAGGCUCAUCGACGAUAACAAAAUACACUCCCAAGGCGACACUUACCAAAGCCAACCUAGACUCCCACACUCACGCCUUGACGACCCUCUCAAUCUACCCAUUCGACCCCACCCCCUCGACCCUCCUUUCAACCUCCUACGACAAAACGCUAAAAGUCCAUAGUAUAAGUCCCGCCUCAAUAGCACCGGUUCACACUUUCCAACUCGACUUUACGCCCCACACCCAUUCUAUUUCUCCUCUUCCCAGCUCUCCUCCCCUGAUCGCAGUCGGCACAGCUCACCCUGCCAUCCGUCUAUUAGACCUUCGGUCAGGUCUGAGCACCCAUAGCCUAACCGGGCCCAAUGGCGCAGUAUACGCCUCCGCCUGGUCACCGAAGGUCUCCCACAUCCUCGCCUCUGGCUCCACGGAUGGAAAGGUCUUGUUCUUCGAUAUCCGGCGGGCAAACGCAGCGUUUGCAUCCCUGGAUCUCGACGACGCAAUUGGCGUGAUCGGCACAUCAUCAACCCAGGGGCUAGGCGCUCGAAAGGAUUUGCUCGAUUUUAACGCCGUGGCGCACAACGGUCCCGUCACAUCGAUCCAAUGGAAUGCGUUAGGUGACAAAAUCAUCACAAGCGGCCACGACCAACGGAUCCGUGUCUGGGAUGCCGCUUCCGGUCGAAACGACUUGGUACACUUUGGCCCACGAAUCCGAAAUGAACGACAAGGAGAAUUAAAACCUCUCCUAUCACCAGCAACAUUUCAUCGUCCAGGACAGGAAAAUCUCUGGUGGCCGAACGAUGACGGCAAGGGGAUGAUCUUUCAGCACCAUUUGCGGGAAGGCCAGCUGUUAAAGAUUCUGAGGGCCGAGGGUGUUCAAAUUGGGGACGUGCAGCAAAAACUGAAACGGGGCAAGGUUGGAGCAUCGAACCUAGGGCGGCCAACAGGUGGGGGCAGGAUCAAUGCCAUGGUAUGGCGAAUCAAUGCCCCAACAGGUGAAGGGGUCGAGAUGUACACCGCGCAUGGCGACGGCAGAAUAUGCGGGUGGCUGCCCUCGAUCGUAGUUGAGGAUGAGCAUGAUAUUGAAGACGAAGGGAGAGACAAGUCAGCGCAACCUGAGAUCAACGAGGCGGAGAGCACCGCGGUUGUUAUUGCUGAUGAGGCUGAGCAAAAGAGGAAACGCAAGAGAGACAUGCUGGAAGAUAUGCUAGGCGGACUCUCGAAACAGGCUUUGCGGUUUGGUUGA